UGCCCUAAAAUCCAAAAAAGAAUCAAUCCCCUGCAAAUUUAACCUUUACUUGCAUCACGUGAAAUUCUUCAAAACCCAGUUUUUGUUCUCUAAUAAAACCCUGUUUAAGCCAAGAAAAAGUUAAUUACACACUAAUUCAUAAUUAACAGUUUAACACCCCCACCAAUUAUCUUAUAAUAUAUAUGUGGGUCCCACUUGAUCAGAUAGAUUUCUCUGUUUUUCUCCACUAUUAUAUAUUGCCUACAAUACUAUGCUUUUGAGCUUCUCUGUAGUCCUUUGUAUUAGGACUAUUUAUUCACAUAUUUUCAACAAACAUACAAAAAAAGGGCUGAAAAUUGGAGGGGGAUAAUCAUGCCCUAUUCUUUUCUUGCAGCAAAUAUAAAGCUAUUGAAACCAACAGCAUGGGAACAGCUGAAGUCUCCCUGCUUGUGGGAAGAGAUCAGCAUAUUUUUGCUGCUGGGGUUCUAUGGGAUUCUACUGUUAUACUUCAUCAGAAAAAUGGCAUAUGCAGUACACAUGUACACUACAAAAGCAACAGAAAAGGAUGCAGAAAUGUACCCUGAUAGUGCAAGAUUAAGCCUUUGCUCGAAAGUCAGCAUUGUUUCUUCCACUUUGCUUUUGAGUGUGCAUUUGACUUCUUUAUGCUUGCUGGUAAAAGGAAACAAGAUUUCGUGCGAUCACUAUGUUCCUGCUCUCUCAGCUGAAAUUAUGCAGGUUAUGUCAUGGAUGAUCACGAUAAUUGUAUUGUGCAGAAUUCUAACCAAGAAUUACCUCAUUUUCCCCGGAAUUCUAAGAUUCUGGUGGGUUUGCAGCUUCUUGAUCACAGCUUGUCAUAUUGCCAUUGCUUUUAACUUUAUAAUGGACAAUCAUGGGCAGCUUAGGAUCCAAGAGUAUGCAGAUUUUCUCGGUUUUUUUGCAUCAGUCAGCCUGUUGGUAAUUUCCAUUCAAGGGAAGAUGAAAAUAGCGCAUGACAAUGCAAGAAGCAAUAUGACUGAACCACUUCUCAAUGGAGAAACUGGAAAAAAAAUUAAAGGAAAAGGCGAGUCACUUUACAGCAAAGCAACUCUUCUUGAUCUCGUUACUUUCUCAUGGCUCAAUCCAUUGUUUGUCAUUGGGAAAAAGAAGCCACUUGAGCAGGAAGAGAUCCCAGAUGUUGAUGUGAAAGACUCUGCUGCCUUUCUCUCGCAUUGCUUCGAUGAAAACCUAAAACAAGCCAAAGAGGAAGAAGGAAUAACAAAUAGCACAUCAGUGUAUAAGGCAAUUUUCCAAUUAGCAUGGAAAAAAGCAGCUGUAAAUGCAUUAUUUGCAGUAAUAAGUGCGAUUUCUUCAUAUGUUGGUCCGUAUCUAAUCAACGAUUUUGUGGUUUUCCUCAGUGAAAAGAAACACAGCAGCCUAAAAACUGGCUACCUCCUUGCUCUUGGAUUUCUAGGGGCCAAAGUGGUUGAAACAAUUGCACAAAGGCAAUGGAUCUUUGGGGCUCGUCAAUUAGGGCUCCGCCUCAGAGCUGCUAUGAUAUCUCAGAUAUAUCGAAAGGGCUUAAUGUUGUCAUGUCAAGCAAGACAGAGUCACACCAGCGGAGAGAUAAUGAACUACAUGAGUGUAGAUGUUCAAAGAAUCUCAGAUUUUGUAUGGUAUGUAAAUACACUAUGGAUGUUACCGGUACAAAUAUCGUUAGCAAUCUAUGUUCUGCAUACAAGUCUAGGUUUGGGAUCACUUGCAGGAUUAGCUGCCACUUUAGUUGUUAUGUCUUGCAAUAUACCUCUAACAAGAACGCAGAAAAAAUACCAGUCAAAGAUCAUGGAUGCUAAAGAUGCUCGGAUGAAAGCCACCUCAGAAAUCCUGCGUAACAUGAAGUCGAUAAAACUUCAAGCAUGGGACGAUCAGUUUCGACAUAAGUUAGAAAGUUUAAGAAAUACAGAGUCUUCUUGGAUAUGGAAGUCAUUGAGACUAGGGGCUGUUGGAGCCUUCAUUUUCUGGGGCUCACCUACCUUUAUUUCUAUAAUAACAUUUGGAGCUUGUCUUCUAAUGGGAAUUCCGCUCACAGCAGGUAGUGUAUUAUCUGCGUUAGCAACCUUUCGUAUGUUGCAGGAUCCCAUAUUUAGUCUGCCAGACUUACUCAACGUUGUAGCACAAGCUAAAGUAUCGGCUGAUAGGGUUUCUUCUUACCUACAAGGAGAAGAAAUUCAGCAAGAUGCAGUCGAGUUUGUUUCAAAAGAUGAUACACCCUAUGCCAUAGACAUAGAAGGGGGGAAAUUCAGCUGGGAUCCUAAUUCAGGAACUCCCACCUUAGAUAAAAUAAACUUGCAGGUCACAAGGGGAAUGAAGGUGGCAAUAUGUGGAACUGUGGGAUCAGGAAAAUCCAGUUUGCUUUCUGGCUUAAUUGGAGAAAUUCCUAAGAAUUCCGGGACUGUGAAGAUUAGCGGUUCUAAGGCUUAUGUUCCUCAAACCCCGUGGAUACUGACAGGAAAUAUUAAAGAGAAUAUACUCUUUGGGAGCCCUUAUGAUGCAGCAAAGUAUGAUAGAACAGUUAAAGCAUGUGCUUUAUUGAAAGAUUUUGAACUUUUCCCACAAGGUGACUUAACAGAGAUCGGAGAAAGAGGUAUUAAUAUGAGUGGAGGCCAGAAACAAAGGAUACAAAUUGCUCGUGCAGUAUACCAGGACGCAGAUAUAUAUUUGCUCGAUGAUCCUUUUAGUGCAGUUGAUGCACAUACAGGCACACAACUAUUUCAGGAAUGUCUGAUGGAGGUUCUCGGAGACAAGACAAUCUUUUAUGUGACCCACCAAGUAGAAUUUCUACCAGCAGCAGACCUCAUUCUGGUUAUGCAAGAUGGGAAUAUAUCAGAAGCAGGGACUUUUAAUGAACUUUUGAAGCAGAAUAUUGGGUUUGAAGUUCUGGUUGGAGCUCAUAGUCAAGCUCUAGAUUCUGUUCUUAAAGUUGAAGGUGCUUCUGGUAGAACUUCUAAAAGUUCCUUACCACAAAAUGUCCAAUCAAGUGCUGAACAAAUUCAAACAAGAGAUGAAGAAGAGGAAAAACUUUCUCCUGAAAUGAAAGAGAAGGAAGGGAGGUUGAUACAAGAUGAAGAAAGAGAGAAAGGAAGUAUAGGGAAGGAAGUAUAUUGGGCUUAUCUUACCAUAGUGAAACGUGGUAUUUUGGUUCCGGUGAUAGUUUUAGCCCAAUCAUCAUUUCAAGUGUUACAAAUAGCAAGUAAUUACUGGAUGGCAUGGGCUUGUCCAACUUCAGGUGAUGCAGCACCUAUAGCUGAGAUGGACUAUGUCUUACUUGUAUAUGCCCUUCUUUCUAUCAUAAGCUCACUUUGUGUCUUAGUACGGGCAUCAGUAUUAGCAUACGCCGGCCUUUCUACUGCACAAAAACUCUUUGAGAAUAUGCUACACAGUGUAUUACGAGCUCCAAUGUCAUUUUUUGAUUCAACUCCAACUGGAAGAAUACUGAAUCGGGCAUCAUCUGACCAAAGUGUAUUGGACUUGGAAAUGGCACAAAGAUUGGGCUGGGCAGCUUUCUCAAUGAUCCAGCUUCUCGGCACCAUUGCAGUCAUGUCACAGGUCGCAUGGGAGGUCUUUCUCAUCUUCAUUCCAGUAACAGCAAUCUGCAUAUGGUAUAAGCAAUACUACAUACCAACUGCAAGGGAGCUAGCACGAUUAUCUGAAAUACAGAAGGCUCCAAUCCUACAUCAUUUUGGAGAAUCACUUUCAGGGGCAGCAACAAUACGUGCAUUUGACCAAAAGGAUCGAUUUAUCAAUGCAAACCUUGUAUUAGUAGAUGGAUUUUCAAGACCGUGGUUUCACAAUGUAUCAGCAAUGGAGUGGCUUUCAUUCAGACUCAAUCAAUUAUCAAACUUUGUGUUUGCAUUUUCAUUGGUUCUGUUAGUGUCUCUUCCAGAUGGAAUUAUAAAUCCAAGCAUUGCAGGUCUGGCAGUGACAUAUGGAAUUAAUUUGAAUGUUUUGCAAGCUUCAGUUAUAUGGAAUAUUUGCAAUGCGGAAAAUAAGAUGAUUUCAGUGGAAAGGGUUCUUCAGUACACAGAGCUUAAUAGUGAGGCACCUCUUAUCAUUGACGAUUGUAGACCACCAAACAACUGGCCAACUACUGGAACAAUUACUUUCCAGAAUUUACAGAUACGUUAUGCUGAACAUCUUCCCUCCGUCCUGAAAAACAUAACAUGCACAUUACCUGGGAAGAAAAAGAUUGGUGUGGUAGGAAGGACAGGCAGCGGAAAAUCAACACUUAUACAAGCUCUAUUCCGCAUUGUGGAGCCAAGGGAGGGGAGCAUUAUAAUUGAUGAUGUAGAUAUCUGCAAGAUAGGUCUUCAUGACUUGAGAUCACGGCUCAGCAUCAUUCCACAGGAUCCAACAAUGUUUGAUGGUACAGUUCGAAUAAACCUUGACCCACUCCAACAGCAUUCUGACAAUGAUAUAUGGGAGGCAUUAGACAAAUGCCAACUAGGAGACCUUGUACGAGCCAAGGAAGGAAGAAUGGAAUCCACAGUGGUUGAAAAUGGUGAAAAUUGGAGUGUUGGACAAAGACAAUUGUUCUGCUUAGGAAGGGCACUACUAAAGCACAGUAGUAUCUUGGUUUUAGACGAAGCAACUGCAUCAGUCGAUUCUGCUACUGAUGGUGUAAUUCAGAAAAUUAUUAACCAGGAAUUUCGAGAACGAACAAUUGUCACAAUAGCUCACAGAAUACACACAGUUGUUGAUAGUGAUCUAGUCCUUGUCCUCAGUGAUGGAAGGAUUGCAGAAUAUGAUUCACCAUCAAAGCUCCUAGAGAGAGAAGAUUCAUUUUUCUCACGCUUGGUUAGGGAGUACUCUACAAGAUCACAGACUUUCAACAGCUCAGCAAAACUUGAAGGUUGAAACCAUGAAGUAAAUAAGCAUAAGCAAUGGAGUUGGCGACACAUCUAGCAAGAUGUAUAAACCAAAGAGCAACCUAAGGAAAACAAGACUGCUAGUCAUGUAAUACAACAAUCUCAAGGUUCUCCAUCCUUGCAUCUCCGGGCACUAGUGUGUCCAUCCAUAGUACGACAGCAACAAGAGAAGUGAUACAUCAUAUGUGCCUCCCUCGCCAUGCUCAACUACCCUUAUAUAGCAUCCCUAGAAAAUUGUACUAAGAUACACUCUAUGAGCCCUAUUGUAAGAGCUUACACUUUCAGCUCUUCCGGUCACUUAACUAUGUAGGGUUACACUAUUAGGCCUCUCAGCAUACUAGCAAAACAUAUAAUCAAUCAACUUGCAUCUUAGAUAACAAUGACUCAAUGAGCCAUUUUGGCAAACAUUGAAAUAAUCAAAUUUGUAUGGAAAUUUUGGGUUCUCUUCCCUAACAUUGAAAUGAACAAACUAAAUUAAGAUUUGGGCUCUC